GGAGUUGCACGCGUAAAGAUCCAACGAACUUAUGGUUUCGUACGAUUUCAUAAAAGAGCUCAAGCAGAAGUCGCAAAAGAGAAACACAACGGUGCCUUACUGAACGGAAGCCGCCUAGAGGUAUCGUGGGCUCGACCGCCGCCUCCUGGACGAACCACCAAAAAAUCUCCUCCCAUUCGGAAAACACCGACUACUUACCGUAAAACCCAUUUAUUGCCGCACACAGCUUCGAGGGAUUUCCUCUGUUGCAAGUUGAAACGCCUUUGUUCACGUCUCCAAUUCUUGAUGUGCCACUUCUCACACCUGCUCAAACACCAGUGUCAACGACUCCCGUUGGCUCAUCGAUGCCGAUGCUCUUCAUACCGCCGCCACCUCAGCAUCAGUGCCCAUAAGUGCACUUCCGGAACAGUCGCAUCUAAUAAAGGCGUUCGCCGAAAGAGUGCGCAAUCAUGGAUUGGGAGAUCAAAAAGUCGCUUGUUACACGUUCGUGCAGUGGUUCAUUCACUAGAUGCUUCGUGUUAUUCUACGUUGACCACUAUCCUUGUCGGCUAUUUGCGCCUCGAUGGGCCACUGGCUCCAUCAAAAUCAGACGCUGAACAGAACGCCAUCGUAUUUGCCUCCAACUAUCUGAAUAUUUCAAUCUGUUGA